UGGAAUGCAUGCCUGCAGACGCUCGAGGGCCAUCACAGUUCGGUGACCUCGGUGGCCUUCUCAGCGGAUGGCCAGCAGGUCGUCUCGGGCUCGGGCGAUAAGACGGUCAAGAUCUGGGAUACGGCAACGGGCGCGUGUGUGCAGACGCUUGAGGGCCAUAAUAAUUCGGUAAACUCAGUAGCCUUCUCAGCGGAUAGCCAGCAGGUCGCGUCAGGCUCGAAUGAUGAGACGGUUAAGAUCUGGGAUGUGGCAACCGGUACGUGCGUGCAGACGCUC